GGAGAAAAUGGGAAAAUUCCUCCUUUGAGCCGUUUGGUGGCAGCGUUUCCCCAGAGAAACCCUAAUCCUCCCCGUCCUCUCUCCUCUCGCAUCGAAGCCGCCACGGCGGCGAUGACGCCUCCCUUCCGCCCGUCGCCCUCCGCCGGCUCCAUCCCUCGUGGCUGCGGCGGCGACCGGUGCGCAUCCGGCCGCGACGCCUGGCCCCUCCACCACGUCCGCCACGACGGCGUCUUCUGCCGCCUCUGCUCCUCCUGUGUCCUGCUCUAUCACCCCGCCGCCUUCUGCUCCGCCUGCCUCCUCCUCUUCCCUCCCGCCUCCGCCUCCGCCUCCGCCUCCGCCGCCACCGCCGUCCAGGAGCCCCGCCUCGAUCCCAUCCUCUCCCCGCCGGGACCUACCGCCGCUUGCUCCAGCUGCGGCCUCUUCGUCGCGCACCACUCCUGUGUCCCAGACUCUGCCUCCUUCGUCUGCCCCUCGUGCGCCGCCGCCGCCGAGGGCAAGCCCUUCUCCUACACGCCCGCGGGGGGCGGCCGGCGCGCGCUGGACGAGCGCGCCGCGCGAGUCCUCCUCGUCGCCGCGCGGCUGGCCCACGAUUCAGUCGCUCGCGCCGCCGCCGCGGCCCGAGAGGAUGCGGAGCGCUGCGUCCGGGAAGCGGCCGUGGCGCGGAAGCGCUCCCGCGAGAUGCUUGACGCGGCCUUCCGCGCGCUUGAGGCGGAGGCCAGAGAAGCCAAGAAGCCCGCUGCCGCACCGCCGCCCAAGAAGAAGAUUCCGAAGAGCAGCGAGGCAAACAGAGACAAGCUGCUCAAGUUCAAUGCCAUGCAGCAGCCGGCGCUGGCAUUCGCCGCGGCUGCAGCUGCUGCAGCCAGCUCAAUGCCAUUGUCAAUACCAUCAUCCAGGGAGGACAAGAAGCCAGUGAAACAGGAGGUUCAAGGUGAGCCAACAUUGAACAGCAUCAAAAUGGGGAGCUAAUUGUUCUUCACAGUGAAUGGUAUGCAGUUCUUGCAGGUUCAGCUGACAGAUCAUUGAAAGAUGAUCAUGCCCCACUGUUUGGGACCUUGCAAUCUUAGAUUUGGCAUGUCUAUUCUGUUUUUUUUCUUCUUCUUCUUCCAUGCCAUUAUGCUUCUUGUGUAGCAAGUGAUUCUAUUCCCAGAAGCACAAGUUCAGGUGUACAGAGGCUUGCAAUGUAAUUGAAACCCCAAUUUGGAGCCUCCUCUUCACCUUAAAUUCCUAGUGUUGAUAUGUUAGACGUUGAUCCUUUCAUCAAUUGUAGCAUGUUUGUAUCAUGUAUCAUGUUCGUUAAUUACUUAUUUAUAGUGACAGAAUAUGUUGCCAUUGGAUGAAUAUUGUGCAACUAAAUUUGGUCUCACUUAUAGCUUUAGUUUUUAUCCUUCACAAGUGAACUAGAUUGAGAAUACAUGUCACAAUUUUUCUUUCUUUA